AUGGUAGAGAGACGGAGUCCUCUAGUUCUAUCAUCCACCAGAAGUACACUCCGUUCAGUGCUAAAUUCGUUACAACCCGUCUCUGCCGGCGGCGACCGAGUUCUGAGUAAAGAUAGGACUUCGCGCGGAUCCGAUUCGAUUCAACGGAAUGUUAGAUUGUCGGCGGGCAUUCUCCGGUGGCACCGAGACGGAGAAAAUGUUUCCGAUUCAAAAUUGGAUUCUUUUGAUGACUCUGCAUUGAUCGGACUCUCCACUCAAUUGCUCAAGAGACUAUCCAUCAACUCUGGCUCUUUGGUUGUUAUCAAGAACAUUGAGAGAGGCACUCAACGGGUUGCGCAAGUUGUUGUACUCGAUCCUCCCAAGACGACGCUAGAAGAUGCCUCCAUCGCUAUUUCGGAGUCUCUCCAUACAAUGCUUGUCUUCCCUACUUAUGAUUUGACCUUACAAGGCCCUCUCUUACUAGAUCAAGAGGUUGCUUACUUGUCCCCAAUGCUAGCUUUUAAUCUUAGCCUCCACAUAUCUUGCCUGAAGUCCCUUGUCCAUCGAGGGAACGAGGUCUUAGAGAAGUAUUUUGAAGCUAAGUUUGACGAGGAAUCGAAUGGGAAAUCUGGUGUGGAUGCAUCAACGAUUGGUUUGGAUUUGGAACCUGUCUCCGAAGUGCCAAUGUAUGCAUCGCAUCUGAGAGUUUCUUUUGUUAAAAUCCCGGAGUGUGGUACCAUUCAGUCCUUGAAAGUCAACUCCUCGUUUGAAGCUGAAGAGCGACAAGGGCUUAUCGAUUCCGCAUUGCAUAAGUAUUUUGGAGUUGAUAGACAGCUGUCAAGAGGUGAUGUGUUUCGCAUUUACAUUGAGUGGAACUGUGGUUCAAGCAUUUGUAUUCCAUGUAGUCAAAGGUUAUGCUCCAAAAGCGAGGACUUUAUAUAUUUCAAGGUUAUUGCGAUGGAACCUUCUAACGAGAGGUUUCUUCGAGUCAAUCACUCCCAAACCGCUCUCGUACUCGGAGGAACUGUCUCUUCUGGUCUUCCACCAGAUUUGCUGGUAUCAAGAUCAAAGGUUCAUAUGCCAUUGCAGGAGGAUACAGUAAAUCUUUUGGCAUCGGUGCUUUCUCCACCUCUCUGCCCAUCAGCACUCUCCUCAAAACUCAGGGUUGCUGUUUUAUUACAUGGUCAGCCAGGGUGCGGGAAGAGAACUGUUGUUAGCUAUGUUGCUAGGAGGUUGGGGCUGCAUGUAGUUGAAUAUAGCUGUCACAGUUUAUUAGCAUCAUCUGAAAGGAGUACAUCUACUGCUUUGGCCCAGACUUUUAAUAUGGCACGAAGGUAUACACCAACGAUACUUCUGCUUCGCCAUUUCGAGGUUUUUAAAAAUCUGGGGUCUCAGGAUGGCUCACAGGGUGAUCGAGUUGGCGUGGCCUCUGAAAUUGCAUCGGUUAUAAGGGAACUCACGGAGCCAGUUUCUAAUGGUGAACACAGUUCCAUGGAAGAAAACUCUGUAGAUGAAGGUGGGAAGUUUAGGGGACACCAGGUGCUGCUAAUCGCAUCUGCUGAAAGUACUGAAGGUCUCUCUCCAACAAUCAGGCGUUGCUUUAGCCAUGAAAUACGAAUGGGUUCUUUAAAUGACGAACAGAGAUCUGAGAUGCUGUCACAAUCCCUCCAAGGUGUUUCUCAACUCCUUAAUACCAGCUCAGAUGAAUUUGUGAAGGGAUUAGUAGGACAGACUUCUGGUUUCCUCCCUCGGGACUUGCGUGCUCUUGUAGCUGAUGCGGGUGCCAACUUAUUCAUUAGUCAAGAGUCCAAGACGAAGAAAAUCAACUCUGUGUCAGAUGAUCUUCAUGGAGUUGAUGUAGAGCAGGAAAGCCAAUUAGGUAAGAGUAGUGAGACAUUAACAGCUAAGGAAGACUUUACUAAAGCUUUGGACAGAUCAAAGAAGAGAAAUGCAUCAGCCCUUGGUGCUCCUAAGGUUCCGAAUGUGAAAUGGGAUGAUGUCGGUGGGCUUGAGGAUGUGAAAACAUCGAUAUUGGACACAGUUCAGUUACCUCUCCUGCACAAAGAUUUGUUUUCGUCCGGAUUGCGUAAACGUUCUGGUGUGCUUCUCUAUGGCCCCCCAGGAACAGGGAAAACUUUACUGGCAAAAGCUGUGGCGACAGAGUGUUCCUUAAAUUUCCUUAGCGUAAAAGGUCCAGAGUUGAUCAACAUGUAUAUUGGUGAGUCAGAGAAAAAUGUUCGAGAUAUUUUCGAAAAGGCGAGAUCGGCACGGCCAUGUGUCAUCUUCUUUGAUGAGCUUGAUUCUCUUGCUCCAGCUAGAGGAGCUUCUGGUGAUUCUGGAGGAGUCAUGGAUCGAGUGGUCUCUCAGAUGCUUGCAGAGAUUGAUGGACUGAGCGAUUCUUCCCAGGAUCUGUUUAUUAUAGGAGCAAGCAAUAGACCUGACCUGAUUGAUCCAGCUCUUCUACGACCUGGCAGAUUCGACAAACUUCUCUAUGUUGGAGUCAACUCUGAUGCUUCUUACAGAGAAAGGGUCCUUAAAGCACUUACUCGGAAAUUUAAGCUGAGAGAAGGCGUAUCGCUUUAUUCAGUAGCAAAGAAGUGUCCCUCUACAUUCACUGGUGCAGACAUGUAUGCAUUGUGUGCUGAUGCUUGGUUUCAGGCAGCUAAGCGGAAGGUCUUGGAUUCAGAUUCAGGGGAUUCUCUUCCAGAAGAUGAUCCUGAUUCAGUUGUUGUAGAGUAUGUCGAUUUUAUAAAGGCAAUGGAUCAGCUUUCGCCAUCACUCUCCAUAACAGAGCUUAAAAAGUAUGAGAUGCUUCGAGAUCAAUUCGAAGGCCGUUCCACCUAA